UCAGAAGUAGUCAGUCAAUAGUUGUUCAUGCGCUCUCCUCUGUUUAGUGUCCUGGAGACGGACGUCAAUUCUGUUUCUCUCAAUUCACGCACUCAGCGUCGUACUUCCUUUUUCGGUUCUUCACUAACGUGUAUAAUAUGCGACAGGGAAGUGUGAGGUUAUGAAUUCCAGGUGUGUGAGGUAAAAAGAGUAGCCAGUCAGCAGGUCCCCGUAGUGCUCAACAAUGGGUGUGAGUUAUCGAAGGUGGAAAUACAGGACAUUGCUACCCUCACUCUCUCAUACGAUUUUCGAGACGCGAGUAAAGUGGGUGAGUGCAGUGUUGGUGGUGGGUGUUGUUGCAACUCUGCUCCUCCUGUACCUUUUCUGGUUCUCCAUCACCUACGAUGAUUCAUGGGCACUAACGAAAUGGGAUGAACUUGAUGCGAGCAUGUUGGAGGUAAACUUCACUCAGGACGAUAACAGCCAAAAAGUUACCAGCAUCCCGUUACCAUGUGCUGGAUCUCACGACUUUAAUGUGUCUGGUGACUCUGAGGUGACGCGGCGGUUGGUAGAGACCAACUUGAGGGACGCUUGGUUCUUCUUCUCCAACCAUAUGAAAGAUCUGCAGUCGAGGAACUGGAAAAUGAACCAGUUUGAUUUUGAAGCCAUCAUGAAGGAAGGCGCCGAACGCAUGAAAGUGCUUCAGUCCGACGUGUGGCUGCUGAGUCAGUUGAACGGGGAGGCCAGCAGGAGAGAGCAAGAGGCCAGGGAGCUGAGUGUUCUGGUACAGAACCGACUACAUCGUCUGCAGAAUCCAAAGGACUGUGCCACAGCAAAGAAAUUACUUUGUAAACUGAACAGGGAUUGCGGUCUGGGUUGCGAAAUUCAUCACGUUCUCUAUUGCUUCAUGACAGCCUAUGGCACCCACCGAACUUUAAUCCUCAAAUCUGAUGACUGGAAUUACUCCUCCAGAGGCUGGGAGGAGAUUUUCCUCCCUUUAAGCAACACAUGCACGACUAUCUCCAAUGAUACAGUUGUCAAGUGGCCUGGAAACAAAGACACACAGAUAGUGGAGUUUCCAAUGCCCGAAGAACCAGAACCAAAACCACAACACAUGCCUCUGGCCAUCCCGAGGGACAUCUCUGAGAGACUGAUACAUCUACAUGGUAACCCAGGCGCUUGGUGGCUCGGCCAGUUCCUCAAGUACAUGUUCCGUCUUCAGCCGUAUAUGCAACAUAGUAUGAACAAAAGAGAACAAGCAUUGAAUUUCCAGCAUCCCAUUGUUGGCGUUCACGUGAGACGAACUGAUAAAAUAAAUGAAGCACAGUAUUACCAACUGGAGGAGUACAUGGAGCAGGUCGAGGAAUACUUCGCUGGUCUCCAAGUGUUCAACCCUAACGUGACCCGCAGGAUCUACCUGGCCUCGGACGAGCCUCGAGUCUUCGAGGAGGCAAAGAAAAAAUACCCAGAGUACGAGAUUCUGUACAAUACAAAGAGCAUCGAAGUGGUAAGAUAUGCCAAGCGGUUCACACUAGCUUCGCUGAGAGACCUCGUAGUGGACAUCUACUUCUUGUCUCGCACCGAUUACAUCGUUGUAACUUUAUCCUCCAAUAUAGGAAGGCUGGCGUACGAGAUCAUGCAGAGCCUGGCUGUCGACGCCUCUAGCUGCUUCUACUCCCUGGACACCACCUACUACUUCCACUUCCAGCGCCCCAGCUACGUGAGGACCCGUUUCUUCCAUCAGCCUGACAGGGAGACGACCAUACAUCGAGGAGAAAAACUGCAGAUGCGUUCCUGGUACAGCGACUUCCGCAAGGGUCUCAGCGCUCCCUUGGGAGAAAAGGCAGUGGAGCUGCCUUACUACAAGCUGGAGCCUAUAGUCGAUAUUAUCAAUGUGCCAUCCUACUCUUAUCUGGAUAACCAGCCGGAGGUGGAGUAAUCUCCAGGAGCUCCUGCUUACCAUCACAUGGCUCUCCAACAUGUCCUCAACACAAUUUCUCCAACAUCCGUCCACUAAUGUCCUUCCUCCAGCACCUGUACUCUACUGCCUGCCCUUCACCACCUGAUCCCCCCAACACAUGUCCUCCAACACCUGUCCUCCAACACCUCCAUCUGCAUUGAUAAUUAUGAUUUUAAAUGUACGGUAUAUGUACGGUAUAUAUGACCUGACCUAAUGUGACCUGCGUGUGUCAUGCUUCACCAUAUCUGUUAACGUAUUCUCAUGGGUAAACAGCUACCUGUGCCGUGGAAUUUCUAUUUAAUAUGAAAAUAAGCAAGUUGGAUGUAUGUGUGUGUGUGUGUGUGUGUGUGUGUGUGUGUGUGUGUGGUGUGUGUGUGUGUGUGUGUGUGUGUGUGUGUGUGUGUGUGUUAGGGCUACCUUCUACUUGCAGUCCACCUGAAGGGCAUUCCGGGAAUCAGCGCCCCCGCGGCUCGGUCCAUGACCAGGACUCCCUGUGGAUCAGAGCCUGAUCAACGAGGCUGUUACUGCUGGCCGCACGUAGUCCAACGUACUAACUACAGCCCGGCUGAUCCGGCACUGACUUUAGUUAUCUGUCCAGCUCCCUCUUGAAGACAACCAGGGGCCUAUUGGUAAUUUUCCUUACGGCUGGUGGGAGGCUACUGAACAGUCUUGAGCCCCGGACACUUAUUGGAGCUGCUUAGUGUACCACUGGCGCCCCUACUUUUCACUGGGGGUAUGUUGCAUGUUGCCAAGUCUUUUGCUUUCGUAGGGAGUGAGUUCUUUGUGCAGAUUAGGGACCAGUCACUCCAGGAUCUUCCAGUGAGUACAAAUCAAGUGCUUCCAGACGUUCCCAGUAGUUCAGGUGUUUGAUGGAACUUAUAUAUGCAGUAAAUGGGGAUGUUAAUGUACAGCAGUAUUCCAGCCUAGAGAGAACAAAUGAUUUAAAAAGGAUCAUCAUUGGCUUGGCAUCUCUUGUCCUGAAUGUUCUCAUUAUCCAUCCUAUCAGUUUCCUCGCAGAUGUGAUAGUGGCAUUGUUGUGAUCCUAGAAGGUGAGAUCUUCGGACAUUACCACACCCAGGUCCUUCACAAUACUUUUCCGCUCUGUUGUGUGAUUAGAGUUUGUAGUAUACUCAGUCCUAGCUAUUAUUUCUUCCAGUUUUCCAUUGCGGAGUAGUUGGAAUUUGUCUUCAUUGAACAUCAUAUUCUUCUCCGUUGCCCAUUAGAAAACUUUGUUUAUAUCUUCUUGGAGAUUUGCCGUGUCCUCGAUGGAUGACUCUCAUGCAGAUCCUAGUAUCGUCUGCGAAGGAUGAUACGGUGCUAUGGUUUACAUCUCUGUCUAUGUCUGAUGUGAGGAUGAGGAACAGGAUAGUGGCGAGUAGAACUCUGUGUUCGACUGGUUAGAAAGUUGAAGAUCCAUCUGCCUACUUUGUCAGUUAUCCCAUUAGCACGCAUUUUGUGUGCUAUUACACCAUGAUCGCACUUGUCAAAGGCUUUUGCAAAGUCUGUAUAUACUACAUCUGCAUUCUGUUUGUUUUCCAGUGCAUCCAAGACCAUAUCAUAUUGGUCCAGCAGUUGCGAGAGGCAGGAGCGACCUGCUCUGAACCCAUGUUGCCCUGGAUUUUGCAUUUUUUGGGAGUCCGCGUGGUUUGCAAUUCUGCCUCUUAGAACUCUUUCAAGGAUUUUUAUGAUGUGGGAUGUUAGAUAUUGGUCUACAGUUCUUAGCUAUUGCUUUGCUGCCACCUUUAUGGAAUGGGGCUAUAUUCGUUGUUUUUAGUUACUGUGGAAUCUCGUCUGUGUCUAUGCUCUUUCUCCAUAGGAUACGUAGGGCCAGUGAGAGGGGUUUCUUAAUGAGCACAAAGUUCCAUGAGUCUGGGUCUUGGGCUGAGUGCAUGGGCAUGUUGUCGAUGGCUUUCUCAUAGUCUAGUGGAGUUAGGGUUAUGCCAGAAAUUUGGCAUACGUUGACAGGGUUUUGAGGUUCAUGAAAAAAUUGUUUGGAUUAUCUAUCUUUAGACCGAUUAGUGGCUAGCCGAACACAGAGUCAUAUUUAGAUUUCAGUAUCUCACUCAUUUCUUUAUUGUCAUCUGUGUAGGAUCCGUCUUGUCUGAGCAGGGACCCUUUACUAGAUGUGGUUUUUGCCUUGUUUUUGGCAUAUAAAAAGAAAUAUUUCGAAUUUCUUUCAAUUUCACUAAACGCUUUUAGCUCCUCUUUUCUCUCCUGGAUGCUGUAUAAGUCCUUUAACUUAAGCUCAAAAUUUUCCACUUCCCUGGUUAGCGCUUCCUUCCGUGUUUCGGAUAAUCUGGCAUUCUUGAAGAGCUCAGUGAUACUUCGCCUUCUCCUGUAAAGGGAGCGUCUCUCCAGUUUACUUCUCUUAUUUUUUCUUAGGGGAAUAUUCCUUGAACAUACUUCAGAUACCCGAAAGUAGAUAUUUUCAAGGCACUGGCUAGGGUCCAUGAAGUUGAAUUUGGUAAAGGAACCCUCAUAGCUGUAUGCAUUUUGCUGAUAAGGACUCCUGUGCAUGUAAGUCGGGACUUCGAUUAAAAUGUGAUCAGAAUUAGUUGUUUUUUAUAUUAUGUUUCUUACCAGGUCCUCAUUACUUGUGAAAAUAAGGUCUAGCGUGUUCUCCAGUUAUGUUCUUCAGUCAUGUAUGUGUGAGACUUUUCAUCUGAGCUGCUUCUAGGGAUUAUUUCUGCUACAACAUUAUUUGCUACAUUCUUCCAUUUUGUAUGUCUUUGAUUGAAGUCACCAAGCAGCAAGAUGUUUGGGGAUGGGGUUGGAAAGUUUUCCAGACAGUAAUCAGUUUUCGAUAGCUGUUCCUUGAACUGUUGGGAAGUUGCAUCUGGUGGCUUAUAUACAAGCACAAUGACUAAGUUUUGGUUCUCGAUUUUUAUUGUUAGAACUUCAAUGACAUUUGUGGUGUUUAGUAUCUCCGUGCGAAUGAGCGACUCUUUGACAUACUGGUCAACUCCCCCUUGUAGCCUGUUCUUUCUGUCGCAUCUGAAAAGGUUGUAUCCAUAUUUCACUGCCAAAGUAAUCUUUUGCGUGGGUCUCUGUGAAGGCUGCAUACAUUGAAUUUGACUCCCCUAGAAGUCCCCUGAUUUAUAUUUGCUAUACAAGGCCUUAAGGCUCUGUAUAUUAGCAAAUAUAAAUGAGGUGUUGCAUGUUUGUUGGGGGGAUUUUGCUGUUGGUAUCAGUAGUUGUGAGUCUGGAGAGACCACUGUCUGUGCCUCCAGUCCAACAAGGCUCCAAGGUGGUGAACUUUUUUGGUUUUCUUUCCAUUUUCUUUCUUCGUUUCCUACCACUAAAAAAUCACUUGGAGUGGAGUUGUAACUACUGUAACUAUUAUGAUUUGUUUUACGGGGUGUGUACCUCCUGGUCCUUUUGAAGUUGUAUGCGGGGAAGAUGGUGUUGUAACAUUGUUUUUUAAGGACUGAAGAGUGGUACAUCUCAGGGUGGAAGAAUUUGCAAGAGGUAGAACGACACACUCCUUUAGACAGGAGGUCGCGGCAUAUUUUGGGAUGCUCAAAGCUGCAUGUCCCAUUUGUUUUCCCCGAUAUUCCAUGCUUACAGAUGCCCCAAGCAUAGAAUUUGCAUCAUUUUGCUUUUGGCUGGAUACAAUUCGUACUGGAUGUAUUCCCAGUCUGUGCAGAACCUAGAACUGGACUACAGUCCUCCGUAGCCAAGCCAGAAACGCCACCAUUUGUUUUCAGGGGCCAACAUUUUUCCCGGAAGAGGACUUCUCUACUACAUCUGUACUAGGGGCUAUGGAGUGUUUAUGAUGGAUGAAUGCUUACGUAUUUUUAUUCAGUCGCUAAUUGCAUUAACAUACCCUACUUUAUUUUCCACAAUUUUCCAUUUACAUUUUAAUGAGAGUCGCUGAGAUAUAUUUUUAUAUUGUGUAAAGAGAUAUUAUAUACCAACAUGUCUGUUGUUUUGACAGUUUAUUGGGUACUGCUUGUCUAGCUUUCCAUGACGUAAAGAAAUCAUCGCGCCAUACAAGCUGACGAGGUCAGUGUAAGUUGCACAUAGUAUGAGUCUUGUAAAUGUCAGGGUAUUUUAUCCACAGUGGUAUGUUACAAAUCAUUCUUGUAACAUACCCUGACUUUCCUCGGUGUAAAUAAAGCAUUACCACUUUUUUUUUGCGUAUGACCUAAUUCUUGUCUGCUUAAAUAACUCAUAACGAUUGUGGAAAGAUAUUAACAUGUAAAUAGUUCAUUACCAAUAUAACUUGCUCACCUAUCAAAACCGACUGCCUACACUCUUCUGAACUUUAUGGUAUAUCAGUAUAUAUGUACGAAAUGUAUCAGUACAUUUGUAAGACGAGACAGCUAAGGGUUCGAAAUGCUCAUUUCUUUUAUGAAUAAGCAUUUAUAAAAUAAGCAUGGUCUUGCAUGCACAAGACUACACUGAGUGAAACUUCUUCCUUUCAGUUGUGCUUUGGACGUCGAUAGCCACAAAGGUUCCUCAAUGCUGAUGAGAGGCUCUUGAUCUAAGGAAUUUACACCUUUGAUCCAAUUCCGUGAAUCGAAUCUGAAUGCCUUGCAUUUACCAUGCGCUGUAUGACCCCCUAAGUGUUUAGCGCUCCUACCAUGAUUGUAAUAAUAAUUUAAGCAUGGAUCUAAGGCCGGCAACACUCACCAUUUUUAAAACGACUGUCGUCACUCGCAACAACUGCCACCAACUUACAAUUUAGUAAUUAGGUAUAUUAGCGUUUUCAAUUUCACCUUUUGAAAAAUAAUACUUUUUUUUAUCUUUUAAUUUGAACACUUUUGCACUCAGGGAAGUUUUUCUUUAUAUGUUUUACACCUAACGAUGAUAAUAAAAGUUUCUCAAAACGCUG